UCUCCCCAACUGCUUGUCACACUGACCUGCACCAUCUCUCUACUGCUCGUGGGGUUUCUGUCAACUAGUCCUGGAAGGGAGCAAACUCUUUGGAGAAUAACAGUUUAUUGUGGCCAUGCCAGAACCCACUAAGAAAGAGGAAAAUGAAGUGCCGGCCCCAGCCCCAGCUCCACCUCCAAAAGAACCAAAUAAAGAGAAGGAGGCCGGAACUUCACCAGCAAAAGAACCAAAUAAAGAGAAGGAAGCCAGAACUUCACCAGCAAAAGAACCAAAUAAAGAGAAGGAGGCCGGAACUUCACCAGCAAAAGAUGAAGAGGAAGCCUCCCUGCCUAGUGCCCUGCCUCCAGGUUUGGGUAGUCGGGCCCUGGAAAGAAAAGAUUCAGAAUGGUCUAUUGGCGAACCACCAGCAGGGGAGGAGCAGGAUAAACAGAAUGCCAGCAAUCAGCUGUCCACCCUGUUGGUGGAAAAGCCUCAAAGCGGAACAGUGAAAGUUGGUGAAAAUAUCACCUUUAUAGCCAAAGUCAAGGCCGAAGAUCUUCUUAGAAAACCCACCAUCAAAUGGUUCAAAGGGAAAUGGAUGGACCUGGCCAGCAAAGCCGGGAAGCACCUCCAGCUGAAGGAAACCUUCGAAAGGCACAGUCGGGUGUACACGUUUGAAAUGCAGAUUAUCCAGGCCAAAGAGAACUACGCAGGAAACUACAGAUGCGAGGUCACUUAUAAGGAUAAGUUUGACAGCUGUUCAUUCGAUCUUGAAGUUCGUGAAUCUACUGGGACUACUCCAAACAUCGACAUCAGAUCCGCUUUCAAGAGAAGUGGAGAAGGUCAAGACGAUGCAGGGGAACUUGACUUUAGUGGUCUCCUGAAACGUAGGGAGGUGAAGCAGCAGGAGGAACAACCCGAGGUAGACGUGUGGGAGCUGCUGAAGAAUGCGAAACCCAGCGAGUACGAGAAGAUCGCCUUCCAGUACGGCAUCACUGACCUGCGCGGGAUGCUCAAGCGGCUCAAACGCAUGCGCAGAGUGGAGAAGAAGAGCGCAGCUUUUGCAAGAAUUCUUGAUCCUGCAUAUCAGGUUGAUAAAGGAGGCAGGGUAAGAUUUGUUGUGGAACUGGCAGAUCCAAAGUUGGAGGUGAAAUGGUAUAAAAAUGGUCAAGAAAUUCGACCCAGUACAAAAUACAUCUUUGAACAUAAAGGGUGUGAAAGAAUCAUGUUUAUCAAUAACUGUACGCUAACAGAUGAUUCGGAGUAUUAUGUGACAGCUGGUGAUGAGAAAUGUUCCACUGAGCUCUUUGUGAGAGAGCCUCCAGUUAUGGUGACCAAACAGCUGGAAGAUACUAAAGCUUACUGUGGGGAAAGAGUGGAACUAGAAUGUGAGGUGUCUGAAGAUGAUGCCAAUGUAAAAUGGUUUAAGAAUGGUGAGGAAAUCAUCCCUGGUCCAAAAUCAAGAUACCACAUUAAAGUUGAUGGCAAAAGACACAUUUUGGUCAUAGACGAAGCAACGAAGGCUGAUAGUGCAGAAUAUUCUGUAAUGACAACAGGAGGACAGUCAUCCGCUAAACUUAGUGUUGAUUUAAAACCUCUGAAGAUAUUGACACCUCUGACUGAUCAGACUGUAAAUAUUGGAAAAGAAAUCUGCUUGAAGUGUGAAAUAUCUGAAAACAUAUCAGGAAAGUGGACUAAAAAUGGCCUACCCAUUCAGGAGACUGACCGUCUAAAGAUUGUUCACAAAGGAAGAAUCCACAAAUUGGUGAUAGCCAAUGCUCUAACUGAGGACGAAGGUGAUUAUGUAUUUGCACCAGAUUCCUACUCUGUUACCUUGCCUGCCAAAGUUCAUGUUAUUGAUCCUCCUAAGAUCAUCCUUGAUGGUCUUGAUGCUGACAAUACAGUGACAGUAAUUGCAGGAAACAAGCUUCGUCUAGAGAUUCCCAUCAGUGGAGAACCACCUCCUAAAGCCCUUUGGAGCCGAGCAGAUAAGGCUAUUAUGGAGGGCAGUGGCCGGAUAAGAGCUGAAAAUUACCCUGACAGCACCACUCUGGUUAUUGAUAUAGCAGAAAAAGAUGAUUCUGGUGUUUACCACAUAAAUCUGAAAAAUGAAGCUGGGGAAGCACAUGCAAGCAUCAAAGUUAAAGUUGUGGAUAUCCCUGAUCCUCCAGUGGCACCGAAUGUGACAGAUGUGGGAGAUGAUUGGUGCGUCAUGACCUGGGAUCCUCCUCUCUACGACGGAGGGUCCCCAAUCUUAGGGUACUUCAUUGAGAGGAAAAAGAAACAAAGCUCCAGGUGGAUGAGGCUGAAUUUUGAUCUCUGCAAAGAAACAGUCUUUGAGCCCAAGAAGAUGAUUGAAGGUGUGGCCUACGAGGUCCGCAUCUUUGCCGUCAAUGCCAUUGGCAUCUCCAAGCCCAGUAUGCCCUCCAGGCCUUUUGUCCCAUUGGCUGUAACCAGCCCUCCUACUCUUCUGGCUGUUGACUCUGUAACUGACACCAGUGUCACCAUGAAGUGGCGGCCCCCCGACCAGAUUGGUGCAGCAGGUUUAGAUGGCUAUGUGCUAGAGUAUUGCUUUGAAGGAUCUGACAACUGGAUAACUGCAAACAAAGAACUGAUCGAGAAGACCAAGUUCACCAUCACAGAUCUGCCAACAGAUGCAAGGAUCUAUGUGCGCGUGAAGGCUGUGAAUGCUGCUGGCGCCAGUGAGCCCAAGUACUACUCUCAGCCCAUCCUUGUGAAGCAAGUCAUAGAGGCUCCAAAGAUUCGCAUCCCAAGGCACCUGAAGCAAACCUACAUCCGCAGAGUCGGAGAAGCCAUCAAUCUGGUUAUUCCUUUCCAGGGAAAACCAAAACCAGAAUUAACUUGGAUGAAGGAUGGUGCACCUAUUGAUAAGAAUCAGAUCAACAUUCGCAACUCUGAGACGGAUACAAUCGUAUUUAUAAGAAAAGCAGAGAGGAGCCAUUCUGGGAAAUAUGAUCUUCAGGUCAAAGUGGAAAAAUUCGUGGAAACUGCAUCCAUCGAUAUCCGGGUUGUUGACCGUCCGGGUCCACCCCAAGUUGUGAAGAUUGAUGAUGUCUGGGGAGAGAAUGUCGCUCUAUCGUGGAUACCACCAAAGGAUGAUGGAAAUACUGCCAUUACAGGGUACACAAUCCAGAAGGCUGACAAGAAGAGCAUGGAGUGGUUCACUGUCAUUGAGCAUUAUCACCGAACCAAUGCCACCAUUACUGAACUGGUCAUUGGAAAUGAGUAUUACUUCCGGGUCUUUGCUGAAAACAUGUGCGGCCUCAGUGAGGAUGCAACAAUGACGAAAGAGAGCGCCGUGAUUGCCAAGGAUGGUAAAAUCUACAAAAAUCCAGUGUAUGAAGACUUUGAUUUCACAGAAGCGCCCAUGUUUACUCAGCCAUUGGUCAACACCUAUGCUAUAGCUGGUUACAAUGCCACCCUGAACUGCAGUGUGAGAGGAAAUCCUAAGCCCAAAAUUACCUGGAUGAAAAACAAAGUUGCUAUUAAAGAUGACCCAAGAUACAGGAUGUUCAGCAAUCAAGGGGUCUGUACUCUGGAGAUUCGCAAGCCCAGCCCUUAUGACGGAGGCACUUACUGCUGCAAAGCUGUCAAUGACCUUGGGACAGUGGAGAUUGAAUGCAAACUGGAGGUGAAAGGUGGCCUUUCCUUCUGCAGGCUCCUCUUGCAAGGUGUGCCUCCUAACAUAAUUGAUUCAUAUUUGCGAGACUUGCACUCAAGCAAUCCUGAGGAAUACUAAGGGCCUGGGCACUGCCUUUCUGCACGCCACUGCUUUGAAAUCGGGUUGCAAUGAGAAAGCAUUUUCUGUUUUUCCACCAGGCUCCCAAGUGUGGUCAUUUUCUUUCCUCCUGAUGUUGAAAAUUUAAAAAAAAAAAAAAAAAAAAAAGUUUGCACGAAUUGCUUAAUUAAAAAUUGCAAACAAA